UACAUCCAAACAAUAAUUUCCCUACUACCUAUACAACCACCAAUACACAUGAUGUGGACAUAUAAAUUUCUUGAUAUAAUAAUAUCCCUUUUCAAAAUUUAAAACUUCUUCUAUAACACCACUUAUUUAAUUUUAUUUCUGUUAUUACUACUAAUCAGCUCACUUUAUCAUAUUGUAAUUUUUUGAUCAGGUUAAUUUUAUUUGAUACAGUCAAUUUGUAGUUACCUACAGUUAAAAUAAUUUUAUUUUGUAAAACACAUUAUCUUUUAAUUUUAAACAACAAUAGAUUUAAUUAACAGACAAUUUCAGAUAUUAAAAGCUUUAACAUAUCUUCUUCUGGAUCAUGACUUUGUUUUUAAAAUUCCUAGAAAAUUCGACUACCUUCUUCCUUUACUGUCAAUGUCACAUCAAGCAUUUCCUUACAUAGCUUUGACACUUAGUAGUCAUCCUUGACCGAAGAUGGUUGAUUGGGUCCUCGGGUAGAGUUUCACCAUGUUCCCAGAGGUUUAAUCCUUUAACAUCGGCGUUUAGCCAUUUUAAAUUUAUUUCAACAUAAUGUAGAUUUAUUUAUAAUCACAACCAUUGUUUGGUUCUGGGGCUAUUUUGCAAGUAUUCAAAUCACUGAUGAUGGACCGAUAGGUUUGAAAACGUUCUGAUGAACUCAUUUUAUUGAAUCCAUUGGGAUUCUAAAAAUUUUUAGUAAAUAUACCUUUUACAUAGAAGUGGUUUUUACUUCAUGUUCCAGUUUGUUUAACUAUAAGGUAUACAGCCAAUCCAGGGAACUACCCCUUUUUAGUUUAUAUAUGACAGUAUGGUCAACUUGGCUCUACAAUACUUGCGAUUAGCCACACAACGGAGCAACAUAAAGCUGGACAUAUGGUUCAUAUCCAGAUGUUUACAUAAUAAAGUCUUCCCAACAUUCUGUAGAGUUAGAACUUCCAAUAAUGUACAUCCCAACAUCAGGAACGCUAUGCAGACUAAACUCAUGAAGAAAGAGAUUUGUAAACAUUAUAGCAAACUGAACUACAUUGACUGUAAGCUAAAGGUAACAUAUGAUUCUCUACUCGAAACUUUACAUUAUAUUAAUCUUAAUACUUUCUUGUCUGACGUUCAGGAUAAGGUAGAUCGUUCACAUUCAGUUAAAUUCAACCGAGUCAAUAAUAAAUUACAACAUUUAGUUAACAAUAAGAUUAGACUUGAUCAACAAAAAGCUUCCCAUAACAAAAGUUUUUCCAAUUUUCGAUUCCAUCCAAGAAUCAAAAAUCUCUCAAAUGUCCAAUUUUCAGAUGACGAAUUAAAACUCUUAAACCUCGGUCUUAAACACUCCAUUCCCACCAAUCUAUCUAUUAGAGAUCUUGAGAGUCUUUCCAUAGAGACCGACACUGUUAUUCAAAAUCUUUCCAUUUCACUUACACAAAAAACAUCAAUCAGAAACUCUUGCAUCCAAACUAUCAACAAAUUCAAAACUAAACUUCUCUCUAAUAACAAUUCUUCUAUUUCCAACAUCAAUUCCUCUUCUACUUCCACGUCAUCUUCAUCUUUUCCCAAUUUUUCAUUUAACAAGUCUAAAUCCCUUCUAUCCACACUCAAAUCUAUUAAAAAUAAAAUCAAAAACCAACACCUCAUUUUUAGUAAAGCAGAUAAGGGUAACUGCCUUGUUAUUUUAGACCAACAACUAUACAUCGACAAAGUCACAUCAUUCCUAAAUAACAAUAAUUUUAAUCUUCUCCCUGUUGAUCCUUCAAAAUCUUUUGUUUCAAAAAUGAAAAACAAUCUUAAACAGUUUACUGAUUUCUUCUCUGAAUAUGAAGCACCUUACACCAAAAUUCCGUCUAAUCCACUCACUCCCAGGUUAUACGGUUUACCAAAGAUACACAAGGUUGACAUUCCCAUUCGUCCCGUUGUCAGUUUCAUCAAUACUCCAGUCUCUAUUUUAUCCAAAUUCAUUCUUAACAUUAUUAAAAAUUUUAUUAACUUCACCCCACAGUUUACUGUUUUGAAUUCUCGCCAAUUAGUUGAAAAACUUCAACUUGUCAAUCUUAAUCCGAAUAUCGUCAUGUUGUCUUUUGAUGUUAGCAAUUUAUUCACUUCAGUCCCAAAAAAUGAAUCGAUUAGUCUGGUCAACUCGCUUCUUUUAAAUAAUUCGGUGACCUCCACUACCACUUCAUCUAUUAUAAACAUUCUCAAAAUCUGCCUAUCUCAAGAUUACUUUGUCUUCAACAACAACUUUUAUCAACAACCAGAUGGUUUAGCAAUGGGAAGUUGCUUAUCCCCUUUCUUAGCUGAUGUCUUUAUGGAUCAUUUAGAAUCCAAUCAUAUCACAAAAAAUCCAGAGAUAUUACAUUGGUUUCGUUAUGUAGAUGACAUUUUAGUCCUCAUAUCUGGUAACUCCGACUCAGCUCACAACUUACUUCAUAAAAUCAAUCUAAUCCAUCCUAAAAUCACAUUUACCAUGGAACUAGAAUCUUCUAACUCCAUUAACUUCUUGGACAUAUCUAUUACCAGACUAGAUGACCACUUCAACUUUGGUAUCUACCGUAAACCUACACAGACUGAUCACGUUAUCCAUUCCACUUCUAACCAUCCUCUUUCACAUAAACUUUCUGCAUUUCGUAGCUUUAUACAUAGAUUAAACUCUAUUCCUCUAUCUACACCUGAAUUUAACAAAGAACUGAACAUCAUCAAACAAAUUGCAGUUAACAAUGGUUAUGACCCAGACAUCAUCCAUAAACUUCAACAGAAAAGAGAACUUAAGUUACUUCAACAAUCCGCUUUCUCAUCAUCUUCCACAACUACUCCAAUUUAUGCCUCCUUACCGUUUAAUAACUCCAAAUUAUCUGAAAGAGUCAAACAAAUCAUUUCUAAUUCUUGUGAUAACAUCAAAAUCUCAUUUAAAGUCAAUAACACCCUCAAUAAAAGCUUAACUAACACCAAAGACCCUAUCCAUUACAUGAGCCGUAGUGGGGUAUACAGACUCUCUUGUUCAGACUGCGAUGCUACCUACAUUGGUAGAACUUAUAGAUCUCUUUCCACCCGAUCGGCAGAACACAGUAAGAGAGAUACCACUUCAGCUUUUUCACACCAUUUAAAGGUCAAUAAACACGAACUUAAGAUUCCUGAUGGGGUCCAGUUGAUACACAACAUUCAACAAAAAAAUACACUCCGUUUAGACUUAUACGAGGAUUUGGAAAUUGUCAAAGACCUAAAGAAAAGUCCCAAUUGUGUUAACCGACAAACAUCCCUUAACCGCAAUUUUGUCCCCAUUCACCGUCAAUUAUUUUCAUAAUUCCUAUUACUUUGUUAUACCUUCCCUUUUCCUAUCCUAUCUGCUAUCUUCUUCAUCCUAUUUACCCACUGUCAACUAUCUUCUUCGUUCCCUUAUUGGCUCCAAACUCCUUACACAUACUAAUCAUUACUAACCACAUGAACUCCUCUUAAUCAAAACCUAAUUAAUUUACCAUACCCUCUUUUCACACUUCUUUCAUUUCUUUUCUUCAUUCAGUUCAACCCUCAUACCCAACUCUCCAAUCUUUCUCUUUCACUCAUUUCACCUAUGCUUUGACCCUACUUCACACUCCUUUGCUUUUUGUCUUUGACCUUUUCCAAAUAUAUUUUUUAUCUUCACAUCUAACAUUUCAUCACUUUAUUUCAUUUAUCACAGUUAAACUCAGUCAUUCUUUAAUCAAAUUAUAACAAUAUUCAUUCUCUUAAUUUUGUUUUAUUAAUUCUAUUUCAUUCAUUACACCUAUUGUUUUCUAUACUAAUUAAAUUUUAGUUUGUAUCAACUGGGCAACCUGUUUUCCUACAAUUAUUUAUUAUCAAUUUUACAUAUUCACCAGUUUGUCACAAGAAUUUUCUCAAUUUCAUUAAAACUGUUCCAUAAUAAUUGCAUUCCUGAAUCACAUUUUCUACUAUCAGAUUGACUUUAUCCUAACUCCAAUCUAUAUAAAAAUUUUUUAAUUUUCACCUACAUCCAAACAAUAAUUUCCCUACUACCUAUACAACCACCAAUACACAUGAUGUGGACAUAUAAAUUUCUUGAUAUAAUAAUAUCCCUUUUCAAAAUUUAAAACUUCUUCUAUAACACCACUUAUUUAAUUUUAUUUCUGUUAUUACUACUAAUCAGCUCACUUUAUCAUAUUGUAAUUUUUUGAUCAGGUUAAUUUUAUUUGAUACAGUCAAUUUGUAGUUACCUACAGUUAAAAUAAUUUUAUUUUGUAAAACACAUUAUCUUUUAAUUUUAAACAACAAUAGAUUUAAUUAACAGACAAUUUCAGAUAUUAAAAGCUUUAACAUAUCUUCUUCUGGAUCAUGACUUUGUUUUUAAAAUUCCUAGAAAAUUCGACUACCUUCUUCCUUUACUGUCAAUGUCACAUCAAGCAUUUCCUUACAUAGCUUUGACACUUAGUAGUCAUCCUUGACCGAAGAUGGUUGAUUGGGUCCUCGGGUAGAGUUUCACCAUGUUCCCAGAGGUUUAAUCCUUUAACAUCGGCGUUUAGCCAUUUUAAAUUUAUUUCAACAUAAUGUAGAUUUAUUUAUAAUCACAACCAUUGUUUGGUUCUGGGGCUAUUUUGCAAGUAUUCAAGUAAGUAAUCAUAACCACAUUUUUUAACUUUCACAAUUUCAACCAUCUUUUUAAUUUUAAUAGUGGGAUUACUUAUUUGAUUUUAGAUCACUGAUGAUGGACCGAUAGGUUUGAAAACGUUCUGAUGAACUCAUUUUAUUGAAUCCAUUGGGAUUCUAAAAAUUUUUAGUAAAUAUACCUUUUACAUAGAA